CCUAACCCUUUAAAUUAUUCCUCAAAUAGAAAGCAAAAUUCUAAUUUCUUGUUUUUUUAAAUAAAGAUUUUAAACUUGGAGGGUAAGUGAACUCCAAUAAUUCUUUUGAUUUUGUACUUGGGGAUCAAAACCAUCAGCCAGGCCAUUUCUUGCAUUUCUGUAAUGGUGUUUGUCAGGAGAAAUUUCAUUAAACACCAGGUUCAGUAAACUGUGCAAAAGCCUGCUUUGUCAAAGACGAACUAACUUCUGUUUCGCUUUUCACAUGAACAUAGAAAAAAAAAAGGGAAAAAAGUUAACUUCAGUUUCAGUGAAAGGAACUUGUGCUUCCAAAAACUCUUCUGGGUUUGUUGCUUGAUCCAAAGUUGUCUCCAUUGUUUUCUCCAUGUAAAAAAAAAAAGUACCCAGUUGAGAAAUUGCCUUGAUUUGCAAGAGCCUCUUCUACUUUUACCACUUGUAGCUUUUUAUCAGGUCAUUUUGAAAAAAGCAUCUUGGUUUCCGUGCAGCCACUUGAUAAUGCAGUCCUUUUCGUGCUCAGUAAUUUGUUUGAUGAGAAAUUUUGAUGUUUUGGUUGUUUGUUAAGUUGAAUUUGGGGGGGGAUUACUGGUUAGAUUUCUUAGUUGAUGAUAUGAAUGGGAAGGGUGCUUCAGAUAUGGCGGUCGGAAAAGUGGUGGUGGUUGCUGUUAAGGCAUCAAAAGAGAUACCGAGGAGAGCUUUGAUCUGGGCUUUGACCCAUGUGGUUCAACCUGGGGAUUUCAUCAAGCUACUGGUGGUCAUCCCUGCUCAUUCCUCAAGUAAAAGGGUUUGGGGUUUUUCAAGAUUCACCAGUGAUUGCACUAGCGGGAAGUCAAUGUCCGGAACCAGGUUAGAUCAGAGGGAUGAUAUUUCAGAUUCAUGCUCUGAAAUGUUGCGUCAAAUCCAUGAUGCAUAUGACCCUGAGAAGAUAAAAAUUAGGGUGAAAGUUGUUGCUGGUUCAUCAUGUGGAGCGGUGGCUGCUGAAGCCAAGAAGGCUCAAUCAAACUGGGUUAUAUUGGAUAAAAAUCUGAAACAAGAGAAGAAAUACUGCAUGCAGGAAUUACAAUGUAAUGUUGUGUUGAUGAGACGGUCUCAGCCAAAGGUUCUUCGUUUGAAUUUGACUGGAUCCCCAGUGAUGCAAACAGAAGUAUGUUGGCCAUUUCCAUUUGAGACAGAAGCAUCUUCAAAGGACUUUGAGAGCAAGCAUCACCAGGUAGAUAUGUUAAGGGGGCCGUUUGUAACUCCUGCAAGUAGUCCAGAUCAUGAAUCAUCACUGACUGCAACAGAUGUUGGGACAUCAUCAAUAUCAAGCUCAGAUCAAGGGACUUCACCAUUUUUUCUAUCCGGAAUUUAUGGGAGCCAGAAGAAAGAGCAUUUAGUUUUCAAUGAAGAAAAUGAAAGUCUUUAUGAAUCUGAAUCUGAUUCAGAUAGUGACAAGCAGGCACCUUCUUCCACCAGAUUAUAUUUCCAACCAUGGUUGGAUGAUAAUCUGAAUUCCAGUGGCGAACUUGCAAAAAGUAUGCUAGAUGGUUUCCAAAGAUCAAAGGAUGCAUCUCAAAUGUUCACAUACAAAAGCUUGCUGGAGUAUUUAUCCAAAUUAGACAGGAAACCUGAUAUUGGAGUCCUGAACUAUAGAAUAGAUCUAAACUUAAGCAAAAGUGUUAGAGAAGCAAUUUCCUUGACUACACAUGUGCCUCCUGGUCCUCCUCCAUUGUGUUCAGUAUGCCGACGCAAGGCUCCUGCAUUUGGAAACCCUCCCAAGUGGUUUACUUAUGCUGAACUAGAACUUGCUACAGAUGGAUUUUCACGAGAAAAUUUCUUAGCUGAAGGUGGAUUUGGUUCUGUUCACCGAGGUGUCUUACCAGAUGGCCUGGUGGUUGCUGUCAAACAACAUAAAUUGGCUAGUUCACAAGGUGAUCUAGAGUUUUGCUCAGAAGUUGAGGUUUUGAGUUGUGCGCAACAUCGUAAUGUUGUGAUGUUGAUUGGAUUCUGCGUGGAGGACGGAAGGAGAUUGCUGGUUUAUGAAUAUAUUUGCAAUGGAUCUUUAGAUUCACAUCUUUUUGGACAUGCUGCAAAACCGUUGAACUGGUCUGCGCGACAAAAAAUUGCUGUUGGAGCAGCUAGAGGGCUGAGAUACCUUCAUGAAGAAUGUAGAGUAGGCUGUAUCGUCCACCGCGAUAUGAGGCCAAACAAUAUCCUCAUAACUCAUGAUUUUGAACCAAUGGUUGGAGAUUUUGGACUGGCAAGGUGGCAGCCAAGUGGAGACAUAGGAGUUGAAACAAGAAUAAUUGGGACAUUUGGGUAUUUGGCUCCAGAAUAUGCUCAAAGUGGCCAGAUCACAGAAAAAGCUGAUGUCUAUUCUUUUGGGGUGGUCUUGGUGGAGCUAGUUACCGGACGGAAAGCGAUUGAUGUAAAACGACCUAAGGGCCAGCAGUGCCUAACCGAAUGGGUGCGUCCGCUCCUGGAAAAGCAUUCCAUUCAGGAACUAAUUGACCCGCGCUUAAUGAACUGCUAUUUGGAACAAGAGGUGCAUAACAUGCUGCAAUGUGCCUCAUCGUGCAUUCGCCGGGAUCCUCAUUCAAGGCCUCGGAUGUCUCAGGUUCUUCGGAUGUUGGAAGGUGACAUGGUCAUGAAUUCAAGCAAUCACUGAGCCAUCAGUGGAAGCAGGCUGCGCAAGAACAGCAGCAGCAGCGACAGCGAAAGGGAAAGGGAAGAGGCCUUGCAGCGAUCCAAUUUAGAUAAAGCGCACGAGUUAGCUUAAUUGUAGUGAAAGGAAAGAAGAGUUUUUGUUAGGAGGAUUUUUUAAAACUAGUUUUACAUGGUAGUCAGUACUUGAGUUAGCUUGUGAGAAUAGAUUCUUGGAUGUAUAGCUGUAAGUUGUAAAUGAUGAAUGUGAAGAUUGUCAAGCUUGUGUUAUUUAAUUUAAGAUUGAAUUAAUUCA